GUCGCAUGUUAAUUGGGUAUUUAUUUUUUCUGCUCUCUCGUAACAAGGGUUUCGAAGUCUCGAUUCUCUGCUCAAAAAUGGCAAAAACUCGGUGAAACCGCAUCCGAUCUCUUGAGAGAAAUUCGGUGGAGUUCCUCCAUUUCGAUACCUCCAUCGUUAUCUCCCCUGUCAAUUUUUCGUUCUGGAGAGGAAGAUCGAAGAGUUCGGUUUUAAUAUAUGAAGCAUCGGAGCACAAUCAAAAGUGGUGGUUUUCGGAGGCAUUGAAGAUCUAGCUUUUGUUUAAGUUUGUAAGCUGGAAAUCUGGGUUUUCUAGUAGGGGCUGUGUGGCUAGAAUUUGAGGAAAUGGAUGAUACUACUUUCAUGGCGGUGAAGAAAAAUGGGUUGAAUUGUCGGAAGAUAUAUUAAUUUAUUCUGAAUUCCUGAGUUUGAAGAAUUAGGUUUGUUUUUUUGCCGGGAUUUGUGAUUUAGGCUGCGGUAUUGAGAUCUAGGGUUUCUGUUUUGUUGCGGCGGUUGUAUGAGAUACAGAAUUUUGUUCUUAUGGAUAUGGAACUCGUAGGGGAUGUGGCGUCCCUUGACCCAGACUUAUUGCAGCUUCCGGAGGUGUCUCCUUUGGCACUUAAAUCGAAUCCUCUCAUCGCAGAGGAGCUCUUCUCACAGUGGCUUUCACUUCCGGAAACUGGUCGACUGGUAAAAUCUUUGCUUGAUGAUGCAAAGGCAGGUACUCCCUUAAAUGUCUCGGGCAAUUCCACUUGUGCAAAUGCUGCUACAAGCAAUUCAUUGCCUUCCAUGUUUCCUGCUGGAAGUGCACCCCCACUUUCACCAAGAAGCACAUCAGGUUCACCACGUCUUAUGAAACAGAGGGCAGGCCCUUCUUCUUUAGCUUCUCCACUAAAAUUAGUCAGUGAACCAGUAAGAGAAGUCAUUCCUCAGUUCUACUUUCAAAAUGGUCCUCCUCCUCCGAAUGAACUAAAAGAGCAGUGUUUGUUUAGAAUUAAUCAGCUUUUCUUUGAUCAUAUGGAUGGACUGCAAAUUCAUGAGUUCAAAGCAGUUACAAAGGAAAUCUGCAAAUUGCCUUCAUUUUUCUCUAGUGCCCUUUUCAGAAUGAUCGAUACUGAUUGCAUUGGAAUUGUAACAAGGGAUGCAUUUGUUGAUUAUUGGGUCAAUAAGAACAUGUUGACAAUGGAUAUAGCAACCCUAAUAUUUACAAUCUUAAAGCAACCGGAUCGCAAAUACCUUACCCAGGAUGAUUUCAAACCAGUUCUUCGAGAACUUUUGGCCUCUCAUCCAGGAUUGGAAUUCUUACAAAGCACGCCUGAGUUUCAGGAAAGAUAUGCUGAAACUGUCAUAUACAGAAUAUUUUAUUACAUAAAUAGGUCAGGGAAUGGCCAUCUUACUCUCAGGGAGCUGAAACGUGGAAAUCUUAUUGCUGCAAUGCAACAUGCAGAUGAGGAAGAGGAUAUUAACAAAGUUCUGAGGUACUUCUCUUAUGAGCACUUUUAUGUCAUAUACUGCAAGUUUUGGGAACUGGAUACGGAUCAUGAUUUCGUGAUUGACAAGGAGAACCUUAUCAGAUAUGGUAACCAUGCUCUUACAUACAGGAUUGUUGAUAGAAUUUUUUCACAGGUCCCAAGAAAGUUUACUAGCAAGGUUGAAGGGAAGAUGGGUUAUGAAGAUUUUGUUUACUUUUUGCUGUCAGAGGAAGAUAAGUCGUCUGAACCUAGUCUUGAGUAUUGGUUCAAGUGUAUAGAUUUGGAUGGAAAUGGAAUACUCACACCUAAUGAAAUGCAGUUCUUUUAUGAGGAGCAGUUGCAUAGAAUGGAAUGCAUGGCACAAGAGCCUGUGCUCUUUGAGGACAUUUUAUGCCAGAUGAUUGACAUGAUUGGACCAGAGAAAGAGUCCUAUUUAACACUGCUUGACUUCAAGCGCUGCAAAUUAUCUGGGAAUGUUUUCAAUAUCCUUUUCAAUCUUAAUAAGUUCAUGGCUUUUGAAACUCGUGAUCCAUUUCUUAUUCGUCAGGAACGUGAGGAUCCAACUUUGACAGAGUGGGAUCGCUUUGCACAUAGGGAAUAUAUUAGGCUUUCCAUGGAAGAAGAUGGUGAAGAUGCCUCCAAUGGCAGUGCAGAAGUUUGGGAUGAAUCACUUGAGGCUCCAUUUUGAGUUCAAAUCAGUAGGGACCUAGACAAAUUCAGCAUGCUUAUUUGAACCUGGGUCAUUGAAUGAAGAAGCCAUCAUCUCUCUUUUGAAUGAAGUUAGCCACAGCAUCCAGCAUCAACAGUUGAAAUUUUGAGCUUGGCUAAGUGAAAUGCAUCUCUGAUGCGCAUGAUCUUCUGGUGGGUGAUAUUCUGGCCAUUGAGAAAAUGAAUUGAACCACACCGAGGAAUGCUACAUUGGAAGUUUCUUUUUUGGAAAUAGCAAAUGCUUCCUUGGUGUAGGACGGACGGUUACUGACCUGUGAUUAAUCAUAUCAUCCAGGUAAAAUAGUUGCAGAGUAUGGUUAGUCAAACUUUUCCUUUUGUUUUUAAGGAAAUCAAUUCCAUGUCAUAUUGCAUUUUUCUUACCCGUCCUCCAUAGUGGGUUCUGGAAGUAUGGGCAGGCGUUUUAGUCUUUCAUCUUAAUGGCAUUCUGUUUUCCGGCUUGGGGGUGUCUUGGUCUUAUUUUGUUGGUUUCUCUUCGGAGUUCACAUGUUAUCUUAUUGGACUUGUGAUGAAAGGGAAACAAAUUAAUCAUUGUAUUUUGUUUUUCUUUGAAAUGGCAUGUCUUCUAUUGUCUAAUAAAGACGGUAGAGUAAUUUUCAAUAUCUGAUAAAAGGAAUUAGUGUCAAUAUCUGAAUUUUCAAUAGUAGAAUUUGAUGUCAUUCAAAUAUAUUA